GAUGAUCCCAGGAGGCCCCGCAGCCAUAUCUCGAGUUAAUUUGUGACUCGUCCUUUCCUGUGUAAAGAACUUCAUAACAAAUAUGCCUGCUGGUGCUGCAUCUAAUGCUCUCCGUUGUUCAAUCCUCCUUACGUGCCUUUUCAGUUGGGCAGCAAGCCUCCUCUUUCCUGAGAUACCAGCAGAUGCACGGGUGACUACUUUCGAAGAGAACCGGCCAUUCCCGGACAGAGAGUGCAACUCGACAGGAUGGAAUUCUCUCCAUCAUGGAGCUUUGGCCCAUCGGUAUUCGGAAAUGCUUGUGCGGAUGCAGGGCAAGCGCGUCUUGUUUGGCGGCGAUUCGCUCAUGGACAUGGUGUAUCAUCCCUUCAUAUGCAGCGCCGCUGCAUUUGGUUGGAGCAUAUCCGAUGUGCCUGUUGGCCUAUGGGGAACCCGGGCGGACGAGUCUGCUGGUACCCAGGCAAAGAUGUUCACGAAGGAGAACCAUAAGCCCAUUGUAGUUGCUUAUAUGCGAUUCUAUAACUACCGUGUCGGUAUGGACAACAUUAAGCCUGUUGACGUGUUCCGAUUUCCGCUGAAGCCCCGGAACUUCGACGUCGUCUUCCUUAACAUGGCUCACAACGCUAUGUUCACGCGUAAUCCUAAAGAGGUCCAGGACCUGACGAACGAGUUAAUCCGUCAUGCGAACGAGGCCCCACACAUCGGCCGCAUGGUGUUCGUGGGCCACCCCCCGCAGCACUUCAAGACCGAGACCGGGGAGUACAACGGCCCAGAGACUGGGGACUGCGCGUGCCACGACAGGGCCGCGCUGGAGCGGCAGCCCAUUUUCCAGCACAACUCUCUUGUGGAAGCUGAGGUUGCCAAGGACAACGAGCGCUCUGACGGGAAGUGUGCUUUUGCUAACCCGUGGAACUAUCCAGCUAUUUGUGCGAACUUCACGGUCACUUGCAAGGAAAAGGAUGGGAAUCGGGCAAGAUAGAUUGCACACAUUUUCCCGAAGAUGCUGUCGCAACACACGCCCCAUUCUUGGAAGAUCUUCUUGCCAAGGCGGGUGUUUGAUGGUCGCCGAACGUAAAUGGACGUAGGCCUGUCGGAGGCGGAGUGUCUUGCUUAGCACGAGUAUUCAGAGCUAAGCUCUCCUGCCCUGUCUUUACAGCCUACGCUGCACAAGAUUCGCCCGAAAUGGUGUACAGAAUAUGUAACAUUCCCAGGUUCAGUUCUGGCCGGUUCCCGAUCGAGCUCACCGUCGAUCGCUUGAUUGAUAUAACAAUCCAUCUCACUCCAUCGAUCCAAUCAUCCACUGCUUGAGUUUUUCUCUGGUGUAAUCAUCAUUUUCGAUGCUGAAUUCUUCCUCGCCCUCCUGCGUGACUGGCCGACGAUGUCGCGAACUCUCGAGGCAAA